AUGGCAUCUCGUCCCAUUCUCCUGCGGUUCGAAAGCAGAAACGGCCAAUUUCGUCUUACGGUCAACCCAGCAGAUCAGUUUCCAUCUCUCCAAGCAAAGAUUGCCGAAAACCUUCCAUCAGAUGUUGACCCCUCAUCCAUAAUUCUGUCCAAUAAGCCUAUUGGCACCGGCGGCGAGGAGCGAGAAUUGGAAGCAUUAGGUGGAGUGGCUAUUGCGCAGGUUGGCCUCAAUCAUGGAGACAAGCUCUUCAUCGGUUAUCGGGAGAAGGCCAGCCAACAAAAUGGCACCACAAAUGGAACCUCGUCAGCACCCUCCGAACGUCGCUUGAAUGGGGCCCCCGCCCCUCCAACUCAGACCGUGCCAAUCUACGCUCAGCCAACGUCACCUACUCUCAAUGUUUCGAAUCCAUGGGAUGUGGUGCGACAGUCCCCGCUCGACGAUCGUCUUGAUAAAAAGGAUGGCAAGAUCAAGCGGGACAAGGACCAACGAAUGUGCAAGCAUGGGCCUCGCGGGAUGUGCGACUAUUGUAUGCCACUCGAGCCAUACGAUGCCAAGUAUCUCUCCGAGAAGAAGAUCAAGCACCUCUCCUUCCACUCCUACCUUCGGAAAAUCAAUGCUGCGACGAAUAAGCCCGAAAUGAAAGCGUCCUUCAUGCCACCCCUGAAUGAGCCAUACUAUCGAGUCCAAAAAGAUUGUCCUUCGGGGCAUCCCGCAUGGCCGGAAGGCAUCUGUACCAAGUGCCAGCCUAGCGCCAUCAGUCUGCAGCCUCAAGAAUUUCGUAUGGUUGACCAUGUGGAGUUUUCGUCACCCGACUUGAUCAAUUCUUUACUCGACUUCUGGAGACGAUCGGGCGCGCAAAGAUUGGGAUUUCUGUAUGGAACAUACGAGGAGUACACUGAGGUGCCCUUGGGAGUCAAGGCGGUCGUUCAGGCCAUUUACGAGCCCCCACAGAACGGCGAAAUUGACGGAGUGACGCUCCGCGAGUGGCAUAAUGAGAAGGAGGUAGACGACGUUGCCCAUCUCUGUGGCCUGCAAAAGGUGGGGGUGAUCUUUACCGACCUCCUCGAUGCUGGCCAGGGCGACGGUUCUGUGGUUUGCAAGCGACACAUCGACUCAUACUACCUGUCAUCUCUCGAAGUUGUCUUCGCGGCACGCCUCCAGUCGCAAUACCCCAAGGCCACAAAGUGGAGCCGCAGUGGACGGUUUGGAUCUGACUUUGUCACAUGCGUACUCAGUGGCGAUGAGACCGGUGCCAUUGCCGUCAGCGCAUACCAGGCAACGGUCUCGGCAGCCGAGAUGGUUCGAGCAAACAUCAUUGAACCGUCGGCUGAGCCGUCUGUGAUGCUGGUCCAGUCCGAGGACGACGACGGCGCGGGUAGCAAAACAAGAUACAUUCCUGAGGUCUUCUACCGCCGAAUUAACGAAUACGGUGUGAGCGUUCAGGAAAAUGCCAAACCCAGCUUUCCCGUGGACUACCUCCUGGUCACACUGACACACGGAUUCCCCACCGAGUCGAGCCCGCUGUUCACGCACAGCACAUUCCCAAUUGAGAACCGCGAGAUCAUCGGCGAAAGCCAAGAAUUGCGACAUGUGGCCAAACAGCUCAUGUCACAUGGUGACUCGGACAAAGCCACGCAGGGCGUUUCGGAUUUCCACCUCCUGUGUUUCUUGCAUGGUCUAUCGACGUUCAACAAGGACGAAGAAUCCUUGCUCGGCCGAGUCGCAACGACUCACGACUCCACGGAUGGACUGCAGCUGCUGAAUACCUCGGGUUGGGCAACGUUGAUGACAAUCCUUGAGGAGAGUGGUGAGCGCCCCCCUAAGCGCCCCUGGCCUACCACGGCCGAGGCCUCAUCCCGUCCGGCCCCCCAUCCUGGUAAACGGCGGGUGCAUUCGCCCGCCGUGCAUCCACCCCCAUCCGUCUCUCCCAAAUCCGACGGUGAACAACUUGCUAAGAGGUUCAAGGGAACUAGGUUAGAGUGA